AACAAAACUUUGCUGCCGUGCCGAAUUCUAGUUGACCAAAAAAGUUGAUUAACCAUAUCAAUCGAAAGAGAUUUCAAACCUUUUUUACUUUCUUGGUCCGGAAUAAAUCAGGAAAGAUAAAUACAAGUGAACGUAACGAGAUACUGCAGAAGGAUAACAAUCGUUGCUAAGAAGAGAAGAGAGAACGUACAUAUAACAAACUUCUCUUUUAACUUAUAUUGCUAAAUUCAAACAUGCAAAAUUAAUCCUCAACAAAAAAGAACAGACUUUGACUUAGACGGGUACAGUCAGUAAAUCGAAAAUGCUAUUACUGCACUCAAAAGUAAUGCACUGCACUCUCCCCCUUUUCCUCCCUCUCUCUCUCUCUCUUUCUUCUUCCCUCUUUCUCCCUUUCUCUUUUUCUCUUUCCUCCUCUUUCUCUUUCUCUCUUUUGCGUGCUUUUUUGAUUAGAUAGCUGCAUAAUGCAUAACCUCACAUAAGAACUCAUCUUGAUGGACAAUCGCCCGUCUUGACCGUUGUAAAUGCGCUUUGGCGGAUACUCGCGAAACUGAACAAGACGACGAAAAACACUGAAAACUGAAAUCGUUGAAGUGACACUUUUCAUAGACUCGCUGUCGAAAUCUCGGGAUUGACUGAACCGAUUUCAUUUGUGCCGGUCGUAAGCUCGUAAAAGAUUCUGGGCAGCGGCGCCUUCGGCACAUCAAGAUGCGUCUAUCUGACAGCGGGCCAUACCAGAUAUAUCUUUAAUUGCGGCGAGGGAACACAGCGGCUAGCAUAUGAGCACAAGUACAAGUUGAUUAAGCUAGAGCAUUUGUUUAUUACAUCAGCGACCUGGAACAACUUGGGCGGCAUGCCGGGAAUGCUGCUGACAAUUCAGGAUGCCGGAGUACCGAAGAUUAACGUGCACGGACCUAAGGGAAUGAUGGAGAUCUUUAACUCGAUUAAAAGGAUCGUUUUACUGCAGGCAUUAAAGAUCCACGAGGCCAAUUGCGACGAAUCGAAAGUAUAUGAAGACCCGGUGAUGUCUGUUUCGUAUGUCUCCAUUGCAAAAGCAAACGAGCAAGAAGCACAGCCUAUUAAUAUAAGAGAAGAAGUAGUCGAUAAUAUCAAUUAUUACGAUUAUAAGAUUAAUUCAAAUGGUAAGCGAGUAUCUGAUAAGUUAAUGGAGAUGGAGUCAAAGAUACAGAAGCUCGAACAGAAGCCCAAUAUGAGGAUAUCGACGGUGAUGUCUUAUAUUUGUAAAUUGCAUCCUCGCGCAGGCACGUUGAGCUUGGAAAAGUGUUUAGAGAAGGGAGUAAAACCUGGCCCCAUACUUGGUCAACUUAAAGCGGGUAUGGAUGUUACUCUUCCUGACGGAACGAUUGUUUUGAGCAAGGACGUUUGCUCGCCAGCGACGCCAGGUCCUACUUUUAUAGUUGUAGAUUGUCCAUCGGAGGAUUAUAUAGAAUCUUUCGUAAAGCAUCCUGCUUUUGUGCAUCAUCAAAUGGGAGUAGCAAAUGAAGGCGAUAUACCAUACUGCAUUAUUCAUUUUACGCCACAAAACGUGAUGGAUGACUCUCGCUACAUGAACUGGAUGAGCAAAUUCGGUGUCAGUACGCGUCAUAUAGUCGUGAAUGAAGAGAACGAGUGCAUGGGCACUGAAGCAGUACAUAGACAUCAACACAAACUCCAUAUGCUACAUCCUGAGAUAUUCCCCUUUUUAAACGAGGAAAGCUUUAAAAAAAAAACGAGGAUGGAAGAUCUGCCAAUUAUACAUCGUCCAAGGACGCAUCACACUGUCCAUUUGCAGCCACAAUUGCGAUUCGACACAGAAAACGAGAUAUCACUACAUCCAAAGGAGUAUGUGAACGAGGUUAUCGAAAUCGAUGGCAUUUUGGACGCGUUAGCGGAAUUGCAGACGAAUAUCAAUGCCCGAACGAAGUUGCUGUCUGUUGACGAGUACCCGAAGAUCGUCAUGUUGGGCACCGGUUCUAGUAUUCCGAGUAAAGUUAGAAACACAAGUGGCAUACUUUUGCGAGUGGAUCGAGACCAUAGUAUACUAUUGGAUUGUGGGGAGGGCACGUUUGGACAGAUAGUUAAGAAUUAUGGGAAGUCUGAGACACCAAACAUCAUAAAAACAAUCAAGGCAGUAUAUGUAUCGCACAUGCACGCGGACCAUCACAUUGGAUUGAUCGGACUGUUAAAUGAGAGAGCAAAGGUCACGAAAGAUAGUUUGUAUUUGUUUGCGCCUCCACAGAUCUACAUGUUCCUACAAAUGUAUCAUAUGUGUUUCGAGAGCAUCCUACAUCGAAUCACACUGAUUUCAAAUAGCGAGUUCUUUAUGGACAAGCAUAAUCCCGAGUUGCAUGUAUAUAGGAAUAUGUACAAUGCACUGAAUAUACAAGCUGUGAAGACAGUGUUUGUGAAGCAUUGUCCUUAUUCUUACGGCGUUUCCGUGACGCUCUGCAAUGGAAAGAAAAUAGUAUAUAGUGGUGACACUAUGCCCUGUGAGGAUCUUGUAAAACUUGGUAAAUCUUGUGAUUUACUCAUUCACGAAGCAACAAUGGAAGACGAUCUGAUAGAAGAGGCGAGACUAAAAUAUCACUCGACAGUUUCACAAGCCAUAAAGGCGGGCGAGCAGAUGGAGUCAAAGUUCACACUGUUGACGCACUUCAGCCAGCGUUAUUCGGUCAUACCUCACCUACCGGACAAUAAAAACGGCCCUAAGUUGGACAACGUCGGCAUUGCAUACGAUAAUAUGCAUAUUAGCUUGUCACAACUGCCGCUGUUACCUUUGAUGUAUCCGACAUUGAAAAUCAUGUUCAACAAGCAUUACCUAGAGAUAGAGGAUCGAGCUGCUAAAAGACAACGGAUGACAGCCGAAUAAAUGUUUUAUACAAUGUAAAUUGUUAUAACAACUUCAGCCUUACUGACAUUCGACACAGAAACAUCUCUGUUGUUAUUUAUAAGUGAGCAUUUUUGAAAAAUAUUCAAUGAGUAUAUAGCGCUGGAUUUAACUGAUUGUUAAAAGUUUACUCAAAACCCAUUAAAUCUAUCUGACUAAAUCAGCAAGAUUUAGAAAAAAAACAAUUGAAAGUAGGAUUGAACCACAAAAACAUUUUUUUAUAUAAAAAGCGCAUUACAAGAAUUAGUUUAUUUAUAACUAAUUUAUAAAUAAUUUAUAACUGUCAUAAAUAAAUUAUUAAAUAUUGUUUGGAAAGGAAAAUAAACUAAGCUAAUUGAUUUUAUGGGAAAAGUUUUAAAAGAAACACGCAUAACUUUUUUUAGGUUGUUAAUGCAAAAAAAAUUAAUUUUUAAGCUUUAAUGGGUUAAUUUUUAACGCGAUUUUUAUAAAAUCGUUUAAACUUAUCUAUAAACAAAGAUGACGCGCAUCUCUUACAAGUACUUGUAUAAAACAGCUAAAAGUUUAAUAAUUGAAGGGCGUUUUCGAGCAAGAGACAUACCAUUUUAUUCUUGUUUAACAUCAACAAACAACAAAAGAAAUAAUUUAUGUUUCACUGUGUCCUUCUCUUACUAGAAAAUACCCCAAAAAACAAUUUCUUACUAAAAUUGAGCACAACAGACAUAAAUCAUUCUUUAUAUAUCGUUCUGUACAUACACAAUCUUGUAUAUAUGUAUAAUCGGUUUGUGAAAGGAACAUUUGUGGCUGAGGAAAUAAUUUAGUGAGACACAAUCUUGACCAAUAAAAAAUUUUUCUUAUUA